AUGGUGCGACCGGUAGGAAUGAUACCGAAGAUAGGUGCCGAAGGCUCCCAUAGCUCUGGUUUGGUCCACGUGUCCGAUGUUCAUUGGCUGUUCAUUUUGAAUCGUUCUUCUCUCCUCCUCGCUCACCCUUCUCUUCUUUCCCCCUUUCUUGACCACUCUUCUCUCUGGCUUGGCUCACUCCUCUCUUUGGCAAUAGUCUCUCUUCCCCUAUUCACCACUAAGGCAUUUUGUUCUGUCCGAUUGCUCCAUCACCACAGACCACAGCUGCUCUUGGAAGAUCUUGGGAAGAAGAAGAAGAAGAAGAAGAGGAGUGACGCAUACCUCACAUUAACUGAGUUGGGUUUUGUAUAUGGUGGUCUGUUUUUCAGUUUACUUUUGGAAGGAGCUGAAGCGAUAACAGAGCAGAAGAACAACGACAAAAACCUCACAUUGACUGAGGAUAUGGCUCCUAAGAAUGUUGAUGGUGAGGAAAAAGUACAAUGGCCUUCCAAACAUGUAGAGUUUUUUAUACAUAUAUUGCAUGAUCAUGUGAAGAAGGGUGACUUGCAAGCAUCAACCUUUAAAACGAAAGUUUGGUCUGAAAUAAGCGAGGAGUUGUUAGCAAAAUGUGGAAAAAAAUGCACUGUUAAGCAACUUAAGUAUAAGUUUAAUAGGUUGCGAAUUGCACAUCGUGAGUUCUCGGACCUAAUUGAGCAUACUGGAUUUGGGUGGGAUCCUAAUGCUAACACAGUCACAGCCUCAGAGGAUGUUUGGGCUAGUUACAUUAAGAGUAAGCCAAGAGCGAAGCAAUAUCGUACUCAAGGUUUAGUGCACUAUCAGCUUUUAGGGGAGAUAUUCAACACCACUACUGCAACCGGUCAGUUGCGUUAUGCCUCUAAUCAACUUCCUCCUAACUCAGAUGAGGAGCGUGAGUUAGAGAACAAUUUCCUUAACACUGGUGUUCAUAUUGAUGUUGACUUGGAUGAUGAUGGUUUUAACCAAGAAACUGAUCAUGGUAAAGGAAAAAGAAAGAGUGUAACUGCUACCCCACCUGAGCGUCGUUCAAAGAAAUGGGAUAAAAUGGAAUCCUAUUUGGAGGUUUGCAGUGAAGUUAUGAGUCAAAGAUUGCAAACAAUUCAAAAGGAAAAGAGUGUUGAGGCAUCUAGCACCUCCAAGGAGAUGUAUUCUAUUGAAGAAUGCAUUGGAAUUGUUGAAGAAAUGGGAGAUAUUGAUAAUGACACAUUCAACAAGAUGCUAGAAAAAAUUGUGCUUAUUGAAUGGAGAAAAAUAUUUGUUACAAUGUCGGAUGCUAGGAGGAGAUCUUGUAUUCGUAUGCGAGUUGCGGCUGAGCGUUUUCAACGAUCUAAAGACACAAUUCACAGACAAUUUAAGCGUGUGUUGACAGCAUUAUGUGGAUUAUCACCACGUAUUAUACGCCCAAGUAGUAGAGGGGAAACACCGCCCGAAAUCUUGAAUAGCCCAAAGUAUUAUCCUUAUUUUGAGAAGUGUAUUGGUGCAAUUGACGGGACACAUGUUGCUGCUUGGGCACCAGCACAAAAACAAACCUCAUACCGUGGUAGAAAGGUUCUUAUUACUCAAAAUGUUAUGUGCGCAUGCUCUUUCGAUAUGAUGUUCACAUUUGUUUACACCGGAUGGGAAGGGACUGCAAAUGAUUCUAGAGUGUUCACAGAUGCAGUGUUGAGGCCAGAGAAUGAAUUUCCUUUUCCAGAGGAAGGAUAUUACUAUGUUGUGGAUGCUGGGUAUACAAAUAUGCCUGGAUUCUUGGCACCUUACCGAGGUGAGAGAUAUCAUUUGCGUGAUUAUAGGGGACCGCGUCGAGCACCAAGAGGUCCUAUAGAAUUAUUCAAUUAUAGGCAUUCUUCAUUACGUAAUAUAAUUGAGCGGUGUUUUGGUGUGUUGAAAGCUCGUUUUCCAAUUUUGAAAUUGAUGCCCAAUUAUCCUCCACGUAGGCAACGACGUAUCCCCAUUGCAUGUUGUGUGUUACAUAAUUUUAUCCGAAGAGAAGCACGUCGUGAUAGGUUGUUCGAAGAGUUUCAAGUAGAAGACAUCAUUGUUGAGGGUGAAGAUAUGGCUACACCAAAUUUAGAUAUGUCUCCGGAAAAUAUUGCACAAAUGACCAACAUUAGAGAUAAGAUUGCACAAGAUUUGUGGCGUGAUUUCACCCAAGGCUCUUGA